AUGCCUACACCAUUAGAAGAAUUGGUCGAGUUUUUACACCAUCCUCAAGCUCCUAUCAGAACAGUCGCCCUGGAAAACGUUGUUGGAUUAUCUCAAGGUCCAGAAAGUUCAAUUUUCCAAUAUAAUAAUUAUGAACCAAUAAAAGAUUUAAAAAUACUGGCAAGAGAUAAAGGUAAAACUAUUGUUCAACAUUCUUUAACUAUAUUGGCAAAUCUAUGUGAAGAUGAAAAAAUUAGAGAUUUAAUUGUUGAUGAUUUUGAAUUUGUUAAAUAUUUAAUUGAAAAAAUUAUCUUGGAUUUAGAAAAUAGAAAUUCUGAUAUUGGUUGUAUUUUAUUAACAAAUAUAGCUAAAAAUGAUAAAAUUAUUAAAAUUUUUGAAAUUAGGGAUUUAGAUUUACCAAAUAAAGAAGUUUUCAAAAGUUCAAAUGCAAUUGAUUGUUUAUUAGAUAUUUUUGUUAAAGGUUCAGAAAAAUCUUUAAAUAAAUUAGCAAAUUAUGAUUAUUUAUCAUUUUUUUUUGCAGAUAUUUCAAGAUUUUUACAAGGUAGAAAAUAUUUUGUUACAAAACAAUCAUAUGAUGAUAUUUUACCAAUUACCAAAAUCUUAGUUUUCACAGAAUAUUAUGAAUCAAAAAUUAGACGUGAAGGUGUUGCAUCGACUAUUAAAAAUUCAUUAUUUGAAAUUGAUUCUCAUUUAGAUUUAUUAGAUGAAUCCCAAGCAAAUAUAUUACCUUAUUUAUUAUUACCAAUCGCUUCAUCAAAAGAUGCAGAAUUAGAUGAAGAUGAAUUAUUUGAAUUACCAGAUGAAUUACAAUUAUUAUCACCAGAUAAAACAAGAGAUCCUGUCCCAGAAAUUAUUAUAGUACAUUUAGAAAGUUUAUUAUUAUUAUGUUCAAGUAAAGAAACAAGAAACUACCUAAGAACAAAAUCUGUUUAUCCAUUAAUUAGAGAAUUACAUAAAAAUAUUGAUAAUGAUGAUCUUGCUGAUGUUGUUGAAAGAUUAGUUAAUAUGUUAAUGAGAGAUGAAGCUCCUGAAGGUUCUGAAGAUAAAAUUGAAGAAAUUGAUGAAAAAAUGGAAGAACCUGAUUAUGAAAGUGAUGGUGAUGAAGAAAUUGUUGAAGUUUUAUAG